ACAACUCUCUCUCUUUUUUUUGUACAGAUUUUAGAUAUUUUUUCUCUCUGUAAAAGGUCAAUCAGAGGAGCUCAUUUUCAGGAGUUCAUCAGGAGCUUAAAAGGCAGGUUCCUUUAAGGGGUAAGGUACACAUUAGGCGUUAUGACUUUCUUCUGUUCUAAGUAAGAUUGAUAUAGUGAUAGAGGAAGACGUUUAAGAACCUUCCGUAAUCCAAGAGGCUUUAGAUUUUCUGUGAAGGUGCUUGUAUCUUGUGUCAGUGUUUUGUACUUAUACCCUACAUUUAAAGGAGUAUUUGUUUUCUUAUGACUAUAUAGGUUUCUUUUGCAUAUUAGGUUUGCCAAGGGAGUUACUAUGUAAGCACAGAUUGUCUUUUUUAUACUUUUAGGUAUAUAUAUAUAUAUUUUUCUGCAUCUGUUAUUAUAAGUAGCCUGCUUUCUUAUAUUCAUUUUAACAAUAAUAGUACUGAUUUGGGAGUACGGUUUUGUAUUUUUACAGUAGUGUUUGUAUGCCAAAGGUUGGAGAACACUAUAUUCUUGGAUAGACAUUAUGAUGUAAGCACAGUUUGUCUUUUUUUUUUUACACUUUUAAGCAUACUUUUUUCUUUACUUUGGUGCAUAUAUCUAUUAUUAUGUAUAGCCUGCUUUCUUAUGUUCAUUAAACAAUAGUAGCCUAGAUUUGGGGGUACGGUUUUAUAUUUGUAAAUUUCUUUGUGUAGGCCAAAGGUUGGGGAACGCUAUAUUCUUGGAUGACUAAUGUCUUUUGUAUAGUAUAUAUAGUACAAUACAACUCUGUACUUUGUGGCAUAGGACAGUAAUGAUGUGUAAGGCUGAUUAUAUUAUAUUUCCAGAUAGUAUAAUAUGUAUUGGGACUGUAUUGUACUAAGUAUUGUCAUUUUAGAGAUUUCCUUGAGUUGUAGGUCCUAUUGUGCAUGUCUGUAGCAUAAUCAGAGAAUAAAGUACAUUUGUAGGUAAAGUCUUGUAGGCUCUAUUCUAGGAUAAGAGAGAAAAUUCUAUACAUCACCCUAAUACAUUGCUGCAAAGAGACCAAAAAUGGUUUCUCAUUACAGCCAUCAGUCCAUUAUAGUCCUUGCUCUUUUUGGCAUUUUGGCUGCCAUCAUGGCCUCUCUGUCAGUUAUCCUAAUCUUCCAAGUUCAAUCUACUACAAAACAAGGGGAUCUCAAUGCGGGGCUAGGCCCUGCUGCUGGUAGGAUCUUACUGCCAGCUUCAGCAGUACUGGCUGCUCUAUGUCUUGCACUAAAUACCAGUUGCCUCUUGCUUUGUCUGCUCCUCUCCUAUUUCACUGCUGAGGUUUGUCGUGAGGACCCAGAUUCCAGGAGGUGUGAAUGGUUCCUGUUAGAUAACCGAAGUAUACGGCAAUCUGCAGUCUGCCUCUUUUGCCUUGGACUUUCACUAUACUUGGCAGCCCUUUCACUCUACAUGUUAAUCCUGUUUGAAAUUGAAACAGGAAUAGCCAGCUCCUGUAUUCUCAGCAUGGGCUCCAUCUUUAUGAUAGUCACAGUGGCUCAUACGCUACACAAAGCCUCACAGGUCACCUGCCAGAACCACGACCAGGCGGCAAGUACGCUCUAUGAAAAUGAUUCAGCCCAUGAAACAGACCUGAAUGAUUCUACACCUUCCUCCGACCUCAACGAUAAAGAAUUGUCCCAUGUGCGGCCACAUCCGGAGAUCCACCGUGAAUUCUCCUACCCUCCAUUUCUUCAGCAGCAACAGCUGCAGCAGCAGCAGAAACCACAAGCUCUUUCUCCGCUAUUCAAUAAUGCACAAUGUGUAAUGAAACACAACGAGAGUAUGUGCAACAGCAACAGGGACGAGCGCUACAACAUUCCCAGAAUACAACGGACGCUUUCUGUCGAGUCUGGACUCACACAACCAAACAGUAGACCAUGGAAUGGUGGACCACAAGAGAUGAGAACAAUGGUACUCCGAAAACCAGGAGUGAUCGGGAAGGACUCCACAUUAGUAUGACCAUGUUCCACCACUGCCGAUCCUGCCAGAAGGAUGCAAUACAUACUAUUUUACCUGUUAUGGAACGGAUUUGUUCAAACACUACUGAAGGAGGAAGAAAAUCCACUAAAUACAGUGUAAAACUAUGAAGAUGCUCAACCAAAGACAUCACUGAUAGAGCACUAAAGACUGUUAGAACUGUGUAGUACGAGGCUCGUAUUCCAUUCACUACUGGAGCUGUGAAGGCCGCCAUUACCACGGAAAUGAAACAUAAAUCCAAACAUAUACUGGCAACCAAUCAGAUUCCAAUUUUCAUUUUUCAGAGCUCCUUUGGAAAAUGAAAGGUGGAAAGGCAUUGGUUGCUAUGGACAAC